AUGACUCUCAAAAUUUUGGNCUGGCGAAAUGACACGCUUCCUAGCAGUGGACAGACGACAAGGCUCUCAAACACUACCCUCUCACACACUGUGACGGGAUUACGGGCCAAUACUGCUUACGGUGUUAAGGUAUCCGCUGAGACUCGAGUGGGGCCUGGAACGAGUAAGAAACUAGUGGCAACGACUACGCAGUCUCCAGAGAAGCCAGGCACGCCCCACAAUCUAAGGGUCAUAGAAGCAAGGGCCCGGUCCGUUUUGUUGGAUUUCACUCCAGGUUCAUCCGGCAGGGCUCCUAUUCUGACCUACACAAUACAAUACAAUAACGACUCGUUCUACCCUGUCUCGGCUCAGUGGAAAACACUGAUGGUCGUCCAAGAUGCUCAUCUAGUGUGGAACUUGCUACCGUUGACACUUCCGAAUCUUAAACCAUACAGUGACUACAGAUUUCGAGUCAUUGCUAAGAACAAGGUGGGCAGCAGCAAUCCCAGCAACGCCUCGGACACGGUCAGGACUUUAGAAACUGCUCCUUCUCGUCCUCCGAGUAAUUUGACGUUGCUUCCACUUGGCAAAGACGGACUGGAAUUGAGAUGGAAGAUUCCUCCCCGAGAAACGUGGAACAGUGAUUAUAUUGGAUUCUCCAUGAAGUUUGAACCACAAGGAGAGCCAAGCCACACAUUUUCAAUACAGAUUCCAAACAGUCAACUUAACACCUACAAAGCAGGAGGUCUAUUGAAAUACAAGCACUACAAGGUCUCGGUCAGAGCCUACAACUUGAAUGGCAAAGGAGCUAGCAAUGACAGCGCGGUGGCCUGGGCCUGGACACAAGAAGACGCUCCAUCUGCCGCUCCAAGGAACCUCGCCCCUCAAGUCACAGGCGCGACCUCCGUGACGCUUACAUGGGGGUCUGUUCCAAGCGUUGGACGAAAUGGUGAAAUCCUUGGUUACAAGAUUUAUUACCGGAUCGUUGGGCGUCAGAACACGGAGAAGGAGAAGGAAGUCAUUAACGGCCUCGUGUUCUCUACUGCUCUUGCGGGACUGGAGAGCUUCGUCACGUACGAGUUCCAGAUCCUCGCCUACACUAGGAUAGGGAAUGGGCCGAGAAGCACAGCGGUCAGAGCAAGAACUCUACAGUCCAGCCCAGGUCCUCCUUCUCGCGUCCGUUUUACAAACGUUGGCAGGACGUCCGUGACGAUAGCUUGGGACCCACCAGUCUACCCCCGUGGUGUGAUAACCAGAUAUAGAGUGGCGUACCGUUUUAAUUCAACGUCGUCUGGUUUUAUAUGGCAAAGCCUACUCGGCCGUAAUGAACGGCAAAGAACUGCGGGGGCGCUGAAUGCUCAGUCGUUUUAUCGCUUCUUCGUGUGGGCCGGCACAAACACUAGCUGGAGCGACCUGCCCGCGGAAGCUGUUGUCUAUACCGGAGGCUCAACAGGUAAGUAAAGGUUACACUACACUUUCGAAAGGGAGGACCUCCACUAAGCGAUCUUUGAAUCUUUGUACGCUACUUGCUUCAGACAUAUUUCUGUGUAGUAGUCACACACCCUUCCUUUUGCGAAAACUCAUGCUAAAAUUCAGGUUACUUAAGGUCAUUCCACUGAAAUAGAACCUGCACUGAGAUUUUUGUCAA